UCAACAACAAGAAGAUUGGCUGCCGGCAUUGAAUACGCUUGUAGAUUCGGGAACCGGUCGAACUUCGAUUAGAUCGGAUCAUAUCAGAUCUCGUGUUCAUAGACUUGACCCUCCGCUUCGUUUCUCUUUAUCUACGCAGAUGCUAGUCUUUUCUUGAGGGGGAUUCAAGUUUCUAAAUCAUGGGAGAUUGGGUCAUUGGAGCAUUCAUUAACCUCUUUGGAAGCAUUGCCAUAAACUUUGGGACUAACCUUCUUAAAUUAGGUCAUAAUGAGAGAGAAAGAUAUUCCACAAUGGAUGGGGAAGGAAUGGCUGGAAAAGCUCCAUUGAAACCUAUCAUAUACUUUCAAACAUGGAGAAUUGGUAUUCUAAUUUUCAUUAUUGGAAAUUGUCUGAACUUCAUUUCCUUUGGUUAUGCCGCUCAGUCUCUUCUUGCUGCCUUGGGAUCUGUUCAGUUUGUAUCCAACAUUGCGUUUGCUUAUUUCGUGCUAAACAAAAUGGUUACUGUGAGGGUACUAGCAGCUACUGCAUUUAUAAUUCUUGGAAAUUUUUUCCUUGUCGCCUUCGGCAACCAUCUGUCUCCUGUUUAUACACCGGGACAGUUGGCAGAGAAAUACAGCAAUAUAACUUUCCUUAUUUACUGUCUGAUUUUGAUCAUAGUUGUUGCAUUUCAUCACUAUAUCUACAGGAGAGGGGAAAUGUUUCUUGCUUUCCCAGGACAAGAACUUAGACCGUAUUGGAAUAUGCUGCUUCCUUUUUCAUAUGCUAUAGUUUCAGGAGCUGUAGGAUCAUGCUCAGUGUUAUUUGCAAAAUCUCUAUCUAACCUUUUAAGGUUGACAAUGUCCAAUGGGUAUCAGUUGCACAGCUGGUUCACAUACUCCAUGACACUUUUAUUUCUGAGUACAGCUGGAUUUUGGAUGGCAAGGCUAAAUGAAGGGUUGUCUCUCUUUGAUGCAAUCCUGAUUGUUCCCAUGUUUCAAAUUGCUUGGACUUUCUUCUCCAUCUGUACAGGAUUUAUAUAUUUCCAGGAAUACCAGGUGUUUGACGGACUGAGAACAACUAUGUUCAUACUAGGAAUGAUAUCUGUAUUCAUAGGAAUUUCUUUACUGGCACCCGAUGAGCCAAGAGGUGUUGAACUAAAGGAUAAUUCACAUAUGAAUUCUAAUUUGUCUUCCAGCACUGAAACAGACAGGUUUAUCUUGGCAUCCGAAGAUGCGGAUAAUAAAGAGAUGAAAUCAUUUACACAUAUAGUGGUGAUGAAGGUCACAGAUAUACUUGCCAAGGCAAAGACAACAUGUGCUCUAUCACUAUGCUUCGGGGAGGAUUCCAUCAAUGCUUCGGCGGUUCUUGUAAUGCCUAUGAUGUCAUCAAAGAUAACCGGCUUUAGAGGAAACGGUUUCGACCGAAGGAGGAUAUUCUCCAUGAGAAAUUCCAAUUGGAGUAGGGUUGCGGUGGACGAAGAAAGUGCAAGGAUAUUAAAAGGAGAUGGGGUGCUCCCUCAAAUCCCCUGAUAGGGAUAGCAAUGAGCAUCGAUCUUGAUUCUUUGUUCUUUACAUCAUUGUUUUUUUAGUAACACGGUAGCUUAGGGUUGAUUUGUUAUUGUUGUGGCAACUUUUUUAGCAUAUCCUUGCUCAUCGGAGCAUUACACGGUCAUACAUGAAACAUUUGUAUAGUCGUGCAUACUUCUGGAUGCG